GCACAUGAUAAUUCGAUGUUUGAACCGGGCCUUAGCCUUGGUUUGUAUUACAUAAUCAGACAUAGAAAUGUCGAAGAUUACCUACGACGAAGCUCUUGAACUGCUGGAAGUGCGUUGGAAAGUUUUGAAUGUCGAGCAGCGACUGAAGUCCGACAGAAAGAACUUGGUGGAUAUGAAUAUGUACCUUUCCAAAGUAUUUCAGUUCUCAGUAUUUCACGUGAGGAGAGAAAUGUAAUGUCGACCAGUCAACAAAUGAAAGAAAUGUGCUUUUAUGGAGAAGGGGGUCUUUGUUAUGUGAUAGCCUACUUUUGUUGGAUGUUGUUCGGUGCACUAGGCUUCUCUGUACGCCUGAUCAGUUCAACUGUGACAUCGACAAAAUCGUAUAUGGACAAUCAUGCUAUUGUGUUAAUUCAUGGCUUAGUAUAUGAAACUGAUAUUCACUUAGUUGAUUGUGGCUCGGGAUAUCCAACGUUUCGUGCAGUAUCAUUGAAUUUCUCCAACGAAUCCCCCGUAUUUAAGGACGGAUUUCUCGAGUACAAAUUCAUUCGCCAUGAUGGUAAAAUUCUGCGCAUGCACGGAAAGGGUGAUCGCUUAAUACGAAACGAUCCACCAAUAGAAGCAAUUUGGUUUCCAAGAAAACGCGCUGUCAUGAUCAUUAAAAACAAGUUGAUGUUGGAGAACGAAAAAGGCCAACUAGUCACCACCAUUUUGGCGAAUGAUGAAGAAGUCAUAAAGGCAUAUAAUAAAUACUUUUCAAUUUUUAAGGAAGAAAAAAUAAAGCGCGCAUUGGAAGAAUGGCAUGAAGUAUCAGGAAACUCCAGAUGAGUUAUAUACAAUAACCACUCUGGAUCUGGGUACAAUUAUAUAGUAUUACAACAGGGUAGGGAUGCAAAUGUUUUUAAGGACUUAUGACAAAAUAAGUAAUUGGUGUUGAAUUAAACUAUUAUCACGUAAAUUAGAAGUGAGUAACACUAUAUUGUACUGCAGUAGAGCGAAA